AACUUUUGAAUUUCUAGUUGAUACUAUAAAGCGCAUGCGCUUUCUUUUCAAGAGUUUUUGUUUACAUCAACUUGGGGAGGAGAAGAAAUCGGCAUUUUUGGCAUUAAUUUUACACCUUUCGGUAUCUGCAUGGAGCUGGUUUACCUUAAAAAAACAACCGAAACUUAACAAACUUGCAUUUCACACGUAAUCUGAGUCGCACGAGUUACAUUUCAGAGUCAACCGAACGACAGAGAUCAUACGUCGUCGGCGUCCGUCGCCCUUUUUUGAGUCGUCUGUGGAUGCUGUUUGGUUCCAAAUCAAUUAGUUUGAAUUUGCGCCAAAAGCAUCUCUUGUUCGUCAUGCUGAAGCCGGCGAAAUAUAAAGUGAUCCACAAGUACUGGAACGUAUGGAGCCGGACGUGCUGAGGACGAACGGCAACGAGUUCUUCAGACAGGGCGACUACGUCAGGGCCAUCGCCCUUUACACCAAGAGCGCGUCCGUGGCGGCGGCGGACAGCAGGCCUCGAGGUCUGGCCUUGGCCAAUCGCAGCGCCGUCCUCCUGGCCCUCGGCCUCUACGAAGAGUGCCUCAAGGACGUGGAGGCCGCCUUCAGGUGCGGCUACCCUGACGAUCUCGCCCACAAGCUGCACCUGAGGUCGGCCGUCUGCCACAAGGCCCUGGGCGACGCCGACAAGGCACAGAAGAGCUUUCAAAAGGUUCUCCAAGAAUUCAACCUGCCUCUGGACAAGAGGGAAAAGGUCGCUGAGGACGCGAACAGGCAAUUUAAAGAAGUUCAUGUGCCGAAAGUCCCGCGGAUCAGGGUGCAGUACCUGAAUCCACCUGAGCUGAGCUACGGGGCUCAACAGGAGAAUCCAGCAUUGUCCGCUGGUGUGAGGAAGAGACCAAAUCCCACCUUGGGCCAUGUUUACGUCGCAGAAAGAGAUUUGUCCAUCGGCGAUGUGAUUCUGGUUGAAAACCCGAUGAUGUACGGAUUAACCUUUGACUACUACGACAGUGAAGAGAAAUAUUGGACGUACUGCCACGAGUGCUUCAAAUUUUGUCUCAACCUCACACCCUGCCCGUCAUGUUCGUGGUCUCUCUAUUGCUCCAAGAUGUGCAGGGCUGAAGCUCUGCAAAAGCACCACAGAGUCGAGUGCGGAGUAAAACAAUCUGCCAUCGAUGGGAUUUUGAGGAAGUAGAAGAAGCAAAUCAAGACCUCGGUGCUCAUCGCCGUCGACCACCUCUUCAAGGUCAUCUCCUUCCUGGGUUUGCAGAACUGCAUCACCGCAUUGUCUGACGACGACAAGCACCAAGUUUUGGAAACUGCCUCUGAAAGCAUCAAGAAAAUCUUUGCUGUGAAGAAGGUCAAAAUUGGGUAUAGACGUGUCAAGGACUUUGAUGAGUCAUUUGUUGUGGACCAAGUUGUGGCCAGCUUCAAGCUCAGUUCUAAAGAGACCAAAAGACUGGCCACAUUCCUCACAGAGAUCUCUUCCAUUCUCGAGAGGUACAAAUUCUGCAUCCUCGAGUUUGUCCUUUCUCAGAAUGGUGACCACUACGACUGCCUUGACCACAAUCAACAUGCCUGGGGCUUUUUUGCCACGGCCGCGAAGUUCAACUACUCUUGUGAUCCAAACACACUCCAGUCUUUUCACGGAAAGACAAUGGUGCUGAAGGUGUCCAGACUCAUCAGAAGUGGGGAGGAGAUUUUCCUUCAGGGCGACUUUGACUUUAGGUUCUUCUCGCUCUCUUACCGUCAGAGGGUGAACGAGAUUAACUCGUACGAGUGCCACUGCGACGCUUGCAUCUUCGACUGGCAAUGCACUGAUGGGCAGAAAAUGCUUGCAGAUUUCAUUGAGAGUAGUUUCCAUUGUC